UUCUUCUCUGUCUUUCUCCCUUCUCAAUCAGGAGUGGAGUGUGUGUGUGUGUGCAUGCGCAUGCGUACGUGCAUGUGUAUGUGCGCACGCAGACGUGCUCUUACCCCUGGACUUCGGGCCCCCCAAAUCCUCUUUACUCUGUCCCGGAUGGUGUGGCAUGAUGAUAGGAACAUAGGAAGCUGCUAUAUACCGAGUCAGACCAUCGCUCCAUCUAGCUCAGUAUUGUCUACACAGACUGGCAGCUGCAUGCUUGAUUUGCAGGAAAGUGGGGGAGGGUGUGUGUCCAAAGGCCUUUAGGUCCAGACUCCAACAUUACCUCUGUGGGUGUGUCUCAAGACAGGUCUCCGGCACACAAUCAGCAUGCAGUGACUCUUUUGCUCUUUCCGGAAGGGGUUAAGCCAAGGCUCCUCCCCCUUGUCCACACCACAGACCUUGUUCCCAGCAGCCUUUGCAGAGUUUGGCUUUCCCCCAAUCCAACAAAGAAGGCUGGAGCUUUCGGAACAGCUGCUGAAGCCUCAUCAGCAGCAUCCGAGCUGUGCAAAGUUGCGAGGAAGACAGGGAGACCUUGCUGAUCUGUUCUCAGGGAUGCAACUGGCAGCUUGUAACCCAGGGAGUGACUGCAAUGAAGGAAGUGUUGGGCUGCUCCGGCUGGAAGCAUCUCCGGCUGGUCCCUUGUAAAGUAGCAAAACAAUUUCUUCUCCUUCUCCAGAGAGGAGGGCUCGAGGCUGUUCAGCCUGGCAAGCACAGAGAACCGAGAGGUGGGACAUCUUGGAAUUACCGAAAUGACCUGUGAAUUGUGAAAUUCGUGUGCUGCAACUUAGCAUUUUCAGGAUACCUUCCUAUCAAGACGCCCACUCUGUUUAAUCUUUAAGGCAAAGAUUUGGACUGAAGAUUCCCAAGUGGUGGCUGUAAGCGUUCAUCCAACUACUCAUGGAAAACUGCCUUGAUAUAAAUCGACUGCAGAGAAUCAGAGUAAAUCUUUCUGGAUUUGAAUCCUGUUCCUCUCAGACAGGAUAGACUCCGAUUACUUCUAGAACCUAUAUUCAUUCUCCCUAUAUUCCAGAUAUAUGGCUUUGUGGCAGAAACGAGAUUUUAACCAUCUAUGUCCUGGUUUGUAGCCUGGAGUCUUAGCCACUACACUAUGCCAGCUCUUGAGCUGUAGUUCUUUGGAAGCCAGGUUGGUUGGCCUCCUGCCGCCAUCUUGUUUGCGGCUUCAGGAACAUCCCCAUCAGCACCAUUGUCUUAGUUGUAUCGGACAAACUGCUCGUCUAGAAUCUAGCUACUAGCAUCUAUGCCAAAGAAGUAGGCAAGACCCUGGGCUCCCUCAAGGACCAUCAUGGGUCGCCUGGACGACCACGCCAAGAAGCGGAUUGUGGAGCUGAGGAAAGCCGGCUUGAGCUUCCGCAAGAUAAAAAAAGUCUUGGAGCUGGACAAUAUCCGGGUCACACCGCAAGCCAUCUACCUCUUCCUCAAGCGCAAGAACGUGGAGCCCUCUCAGCCUCCGCCUGCCUGCCCCUUGCCACCGGCUCUCGAGAAGGGAAGCAGGAAACUCGGCAUGGACCCGGCUGGCUGGGAGGACGACCAACUCUGGAACUUGCUCCAGGAAAACGAAUCUGGGCCGAACAAGCAAAAAGAGCUUGCUGGCAGCAAGCCGCCUGGCCUGGCUGGAGGGGUCGGCGUGAGUGGUGAGGCGCUGACUUGUAACAGCGAUUGGGACGGGAAGGAAGGCAUUAAGAUCAUCAGUAUAACAUCCCUGAGCAAGGAUGGAGAGCAAUUUGGGAGGCAGAAUGCUGUGCCUAGGGGCAUCUCCAUGGGAUCACAGCUGCGCCCAAGUGUUGGUGACGCUUGCUCAGCACCGCAGGCCUCUGGGCUGGCCAGCUGCUCGGCUCCAGCCGUCCUGUCCCCUCCUCAGCAGAAUCUGAAUGGCAAGGGGAGGGUCUUCCUGCCCCCUGCGAAGAACCCUGCUUUAAUUGUGAAGAGGAAGAUCGUGGGCCGGGCCAUCCACCUCCAGAAAAAGGCAAAUGUCCAGAAUGCACAGAAUCCAUCGGCUUCUUCGCCAGCCCCGGGCUUCAUGCUGAGGGUGCAGCCAACCAGUCACCCUUCCAACGGGGGCCCUUCCGUCAUGCCAGCAUCCUUUGGUUGCAGCACUCACACAAAAGAUGCCAGCACUCAGACGUCCACAUUGAAUCCCAUCUACUCGACAAGCAAUCAAAACUCUGAAUGGGGAGGUCAGAUAGCUGCCUCUUUGAUCCCCAGUACCAGCCUCCACUCCUUUGUAGAAAAACUGGAUACGGUGCACACUGAGGUCCAGAAACUUGCGCAAGCGAUGCACAUGGUGCUGGAGCGCCAGUGCCGGCUCGAACGCCAGCAGGAGCAGCAACAGCGUUUCCAGCAGGAGGUGCUCAUGACCCUGCAGCAGCUUAGCUCCACCAUUAGCCACGGGGCGGCCCCCGGCAACCAGCCCUGCGCUCCUUACGGCAACAUGGCGGACCCCUCGCCUUCUUUGCCAAACUUCAGCCACUUCAAGAUGGAACUCAUCUGACCAAAGAUGGAGAAGGCAUCUGGUUUGGGCAGUCCAGAGCUGGUCCUUAGGGACUUAGGCAGCCUGUGCCGUCGCCAGCAGCUGAUGAAGAAAAGAGGAGCCUAGUUGCCAGCGGCCUGUGCCAAAGUGUCUUUCAGGGCCCUCUCAUGCCCUUCGCUUGCUAGAACGGCUAGGCUGUUGCUGGCACCACUCACGGCGUGUUAACGAAAUCAGGGUGUUGGGGAAUGAGAUUCCAGUCCUAGGUUUGGGAGCAUGCCUAGAUUGUGGAGGUGCAUAAUAAGUGACAAAUAUUAUUAUUAUAGUCUGCAACUAGCAAAGUGUCCUUCAUGUGACAGCCCUGAUCAACCCCCAGGAAAGCCCCUCAGCCAAUUAUUUAUUGGGCCAGUGCAGUGGGGAAAUGCUUGACUAACAAGCAGAAGGUUGCCGGUUCGAAUCCCCGCUGGUACUCGGGCAUCAGCGAUCGAGGAAGAUGCUGAAAGGCAUCAUCUCAUACUGCGUGGGAGGAGGCAAUGGUCAACCCCUCCUGUAUUCUACCAAAAGAAAACCACAGGGCUCUGUGGGCCCCAGGAGUCGACAUCGACUUGACAGCACACUUUACUUUUUACUUUAUGAAGUGGGGUGGGGGGCAGGUGAAACUGAGUCCCUGCCCCAUCUUGGAAGGCGUGCACAGAAUGCGGGGAAGUGUAGCCCCUGCCAGUGCUCGCCUCCUAGAGUUCGUAAGAGAGGGCUCUUUCUUAACAGAGCCCACCCAGCACGGGGCACUCCCAGUAUGGGGGGAAAUGCAGCCCUGUACAGAGGUCCACACAGUGGGGAAUGGCUCACACACUGAUGGGUUUCUGCCAAAGUGGCCCCACUUCAAAAUAGUGAAGAUCACCAACGAAGCCCAAGGCUGGAGAGGAGAGCUGGUCUUGUGGUAGCAAGCAUGAUUGCCCCCCUUUGCUAAGAAAGGUCUGCCCUGGCUUGCAUUUGAAAGGAAGGCUAAAUGUGAGCGUUGCAAGAUAUUCCCCUUAGGGGAUGGGGCUGCCCUGGGAAGAGCAAGAAGGUUCCCUCUCCUGCAUCUCCAAGAUAGGAAAAGAUUAUUUUUUAUAGGACAAGAUUUUUUUUUACUGAACCAACAAACUACCAAAGCAUACAGUACGUUGCCAAAGCACAAAUACAUGAGUAGCAAGCUCUUCCCAGACAGGCAACACAGAUGGGAAAGAGGUGAGACGUAACCCCUACCCACUCAUAUGGGUGAUAAUUGGGAACUGUCUGGUCUGUGUUGGACUGGCCCCUGCUUACCUGUUGGUCACUGGAUGAAUGCAGAGAACCUCCAGUACCCUUUAACUCGUGCUAUAUAAUACAGGGAUUCCCAACUUUAGGGCCCCAGCUGCUGUUGGACGACUACUGCCAUCAUCCACAGCCCUGAUGCGCUACCACUGACCUACGACAUAGCAAUAAUGGGAGUUAGGAACACAGGAAGCUGCCGUAUACUGAGUCAGACCCUUGGUCCAUCUAGCUCAGUGUUGUCUACACUGACUGGCAGCGGCUUCUCCAAGGUUGCAGGCAGCAAUCUCUCUCAGCCCUAUCUUGGAGAUGCUGUUAGGGAGGGAACUGGGAACUUUCUGCUCUUCCCAGAGCGGCUCCAUCCCCUAAAGGGGAAUAUCUUCCAGUGCUCACACUUCUAGUCUCCCAUUCAAAUGCAACCAGGGUGGACCCUGCUUAGCUAGGGGAACAAGUCAUGCUUGCUACCACAAGACCAGCUCUCCUCUCCAGUAGUUGUAGUCCAUCAUUCCCAAGGCUGGGAACCCCCGCUGAAAUAUACUUCUCCAUGCCAGCAGGCUACCCCACACUCCCAGAUUAAGUCCAAGGAUGAAUGGACGGACAGACCCCAUUUUUAAAAUCUAGCUUCUGCUGGUCUAUGACUAUAAUAAAGAAUUGAACUGAAUUAAAUUAAAGC